CCCCAUCCCUCUUCCCUCUCUUCCCCCACCACCCACAAUGUCCACCACCGUUACCCUGAAGCGCACCGGCGACAAGAUGCCUCUCGUAGGCUUCGGUCUUUGGAAGGUCACCAAGGAGACUUGCGCCGACACUGUAUACAACGCGAUCAAGGAGGGAUACCGCCUGUUCGACGGUGCUUCCGACUACGGAAACGAGAAGCAGGCGGGCGAGGGCGUCGCGCGUGCCAUCAAGGAUGGUCUCGUGAAGCGCGAGGAUCUCUGGAUCACCUCUAAGCUGUGGAACACCAACCACGCGAAGGAGCACGUCGAGGCGGCCGCCAAGUACUCCCUCGCUCUUUGGGGCCUUGACUACUUCGACCUCUACCUUGUUCACUUCCCCAUCUCUAUCGAGUACAUUGAGCCCAGCGUCAAGUUCCCCCCUGAGUGGUGGGGUCUCGAUGGCAAGAUCCACCCCGUCAACGUCCCCUUCCAGGAGACUUGGACCGAGAUGGAAAAGCUCGCUGAUAAGGGGCUGGCCAAGAACAUCGGCUUGAGCAAUGCUCAAGGCUCGUUUAUCUACGAUGUCCUCCGUUAUGCGCGUAUCGAGCCGCAGGUGCUCCAGGUCGAAAUCCACCCCUACCUCACCCAGGAGCCCCUCAUCGAGUUCUGCAAGGUUCUCGGCAUUGCGAUCACGGCGUACUCUUCUUUCGGUCCCCAGGGCUACGUGGAGAUCGACGCACACAAGGGCGCGAAAGGCCUGUUCGAGCACGAUGCCGUCGCCAGCAUCGCCUCUAAGAAGGGAAAGACUCCCGCGCAGAUCCUCCUUCGCUGGGCUUUGCAGCAGGGUCUUGCUGUCAUCCCCAAGUCGAACAACCACGAGCGCCUUGUGCAGAACUUGGAGGCUACGUCCUUCGAGUUGACGCAGGAGGAACUGAAGUCGAUCAGUGCGCUGAACAUCAACCUCCGACUCAACGACCCCGUCGAUCUCGACAAGCGCCUCUCGAUCUUCUCUUGAAGGGUUUAUAGGGUUGUCCGGAGUCAUAUAGCGUGAGCAGCAGUCAACAGUCAUGUAGCACCAUGGUGUGUAGGAUAGACAGCAAUGCCGAAGGGCUACGUGUGUGCAUACAUGUUGUGGCGCAGCGCAAGAAUCACAUUGAAUCA